AUGGGUGGCUAUUUUUCUCAGCAAUGUCUCAGCGAAACAAAUGAUUUCAGAUUCCCCAAGGAGAUUACCAAGGUCACACAGAAGAAUGUCACAAUGAUCAUCUAUGAGUUCCUCCAACAGAUCUUCCAACUAUUUAGCAAAAAUCUUCCUGUUGGUGCUUGGAAUACAAGCAAGACUGAGAAAUUCCAAAAUGGAAUUCACCAGCAAAUUGAAGAAUUAGAGAUAUGUUUGUCAGAAGAGCGAUCAAAAGCAAGAAACAGCUUUCGAACACGGAUCCUAAAAAGCACUACACUCAGUGUGAAAAAGUACUUCCAAAGAAUCACCAGUUUCCUAAAAGAUAAGCAAUACAGCCACUGUUCCUGGGAAGCAGUUCGAAUGGAAUUGAGAACAUGCCUUAUAAUUUUUGACAGUCUUAUGAAAAAACACACGUCAUAA